GUUCGCAACUUCCUCGUCUUCCAGGGCGAUGUUGAAGCCACGGCUCAGCGCCAGGGGAAGGACCUGACUGCCUUCUUCGAGCAGAUCUCAGGCUCCGAUGCUCAUCGCCAAGACUACGACAACUUGGCAGCCGAGAAGGCGAAGCUGGAGGAGCAAGCAAGGUAUCUCUUCACCAAGAAGCGGAACGCCCUCAACGAACGUAAGCGAAUCUCGCAGCAAAAGGAAGAGGCAGACGAGUACCGGCAGCUGGAGACGCAACGAAACGACCUUCUGAGGGAGCACUGCCUCUUCCGGCUACACAGUAUCUGCGCGCAGCUGGACAGCUCGACCGAGACGCGGCAUGCUGCGCUGAAAGAGCGUGAGGAGCUGCGCCAGAGACUGGAAGCUGGCAAGCGUGACCUCGAGGCAGGUGAGCGGAAGCGGGCUCAGGCACGCUUGGCUGUACAGCAGGUUCAGAAGGAGCUUGCCGUCCUGAAAGGCAAGGGAGAGCGUUUCAAUCCGGAGCGAUUCGCCAAUCAGAGCCGCCGCAAGUUUUUGGAACAGAGGCUGGAAGAAAUGACCCGGUCUGCUGAGCAGAGUGGGCGCAGGCAGGGUAAGCUGCAGGAUCAGCUGGAUACGCUUCGCCAGGAGGAGGCCAAGCUGGAGGCAAAGCAGGAGAGCUUGAACAAGGGCUUGGCCGAGCGAGCGGUGCGCUUCACAGCAGAACAGCGGGAGGAGUUUGAGCGCGUCAAGCUAGCCACGGAGAAGCUCACGGCUUCCAGCGGCGAUGAGCUGCGGCAGCUGGAACAUCAGGUUCGCGCUGUACGUGCAGAGCGUAUCCAAGCAGAAGGUGACCAGCGAGAUGCCACUGCACGCAAGGGCCACUUGCAGCAGCGCGUCAUGGAGCUCAACGAGGUGCAAAGGGAGGAGCAGUACUUGGACUUGUACCCCCCAGAACUGGCUGAGACGUCUGCGCGGGCCUCGCUUGAUCGCGGCAUGGUGCUCAAGGAGGAGAAAACCAAGGAGCUCGUGCGGAUGCGAAGCUCCAUUGACAGCCGUGCGGACGAGAAGCAGCAGCUGCAGCAGGAGCGGCAGCAGCUGAUCAAUAUCAUCCAGGAUUUCACAGCCACGGGGCAUCAACUUGAGAAGGACAGGGAGAUGGCCCAGGUGUGUACAAAUCUAGCAGAGGCCUGCCCAGGGGUGUAUGGCCGUGUUGUGGAUCUCUGCAAGCCCUCUCAGAAGCGGCUGCAUGUGGCUGUGAAUGUUGCACUUACACGCUACCUGGAUGCAGUCAUUGUGGACACCAGCGACACGGCCCGGAAAUGUGUCCGCUACCUGAAAGAGCGCAUGCUGCCUCCCAUGACCUUUUUGCCAAUGGCCGACCUUCGCGUCUCUGGUCUAGACCCUCGCCUUCAAAGCCUCGUCCACAGCCAGAAAGGAUUGCGGCUGGCGCUGAACUGCAUUGCCUUCGAUGAGACUUUUGCCCGAGCUUUUGACUUCAUGCUCGGAGACGUCGUUGUG